CCCGCCGCCAGCGAGUGACUCACUCCUGGGCACUCGGCCCGACCCCGGUCCCUCCCCCCGCAUAGCUGGGCACUGAAGUCACCGGAUGGAAGGGGGCACCCCACAUGGUAUAGAGGGCAUAGACCCCACGGCCCUCCCCAAACCCUCUCCCCGACUCUUCAAUCCCUGGGGCUGGGCAGACCCUUCAAGACCAGGCCGGGGGUGUGCCCCCUCACCAAACGAAACAUCCCGCCUUCAACUUUCUCUACUGUGGUACCGACUUUUGGGACAGAAGACCUCACACCCCAACCGGACGUGCAGAAAAACUGAGGGCCGACUGGGAAUGAAACUUGAAGUGGGAUGGGACCUUCCCCACUAGAAAACCGGCGUCUGAAGACCACCGGACCCCAGGUCCCUACGUCUGUCCGGUUCCCCAGUUCCGGAUGGCCCUCCAGGCACCCAAUCCCGCUCCCGACCCCUGUGCCCCGCGUACCUGGUGCCUGCUCCCCGGCCGCGGUGCGCAGCGGCACCAACCCGAGACCCAGCACGAGGAGCCGCAACAGCGGGCGCAGCGAGCCGAGAGCCAUAGUGCGCGCCGGGAGGCCGCUGCCGUCUGCACCCGCCGACCGGCGGCGGAGACCUAGGACCGCGGCCCCGCCCCCGCCCCCGCCUUCCGGGGCGGGGCCCCGGCCUCCUCCCGCCCCGCCAUCCGCUCCGGCGUGCUCCUCCCAGUGCGGCCCGCUACGCUCAGUCAUUCGUUCAACAAACAGUCUCCGCGCGCGCGAGCCUCCAGUACCCUGCGAGCAUGCGGACCCGGCACUGCCCACUCGGCGCCCAAACCUGGAACUUGUGGGAUAGGGAGCAUCAGGUAUGAAACAACCCAUAAAAAGAUAACUGCUGCUUUCUUAUGUAAUUUUUAAAUCUGUGAGAUCUUUCAAGAUUUUUUUUAAUUUUGCAAAGCUGGGGAUCGAACCCAGGACCUCCUGUACUGGCACUCUACCACGGAGCUACAUUCCCAGUCCUCCCAAAGAUUCUUUAGAGUAGGGGAUACCAGCUGCUUUCUUAAGGGCCCCGGGGGCUGCAACAAUAACAAAAAUAAUAUUCCCUUCAAUUCCUACCUUAGGACACACACAUUAAAUGCAAGCUUGCCAUCUUCAUUUUUCAGAGUAGAAAACUGAGGCUCGGGAAAGUUGAAUGAAUUCCGGAGGUCAUAGCGCUUGUAAGUGGUGGCUGGGGCGUCAGCCAACCCGGGUCCGCAAAUCCCAGCCGGUUGCAGGUGCAGCAGUCUGUGUCUUGAGCGCCCCUCUCUGACUAACCUGGGAUGCGUUCGCGCCCACUGCCGACCCGGUCGGGGUCUCUGCCCCUCCCCCGGGGAGGUGGUCCAGUGACGUCAUUGCCUCUUUAAGACCCCCGCCUACGCCGCGGUCCCCACACUCGGCCUCCGAAUCCUUCAGGUCCUUCACGCAGGUGAGCCCGGGGCAAGUGUGUACGUCGGGCGAGGGAGAGACACCUUGUGGAGCCUGGUACUGGGUUCAUGGGGGCGCGUGCGGUGCUACCUGAGUGGGCGCGUCCCUGCGCACAGGGCUGCAUCGAACCCGGCGAGCGGACCCGCGACUCGAGGGUGAAACGCCCCUCCCCCUCCCCAGGGACAAAGGCACCGAAACCCCGUGAGCCCCUCCCCCACCUGCCUUCCCUCUCCGGGGCGGGGCGGGACUCCCCUCCCCCUCACCUGCGGGAGCUAACCCAGCUGCCGCGCGCCAUUAAGCCCCUCCCGGGUACUCGCUCGGUCCCAUGCAAUGGUGGCCCAGGAGCAUAGCCCUUUCAACCCUGCCAUGGCCUCUGCUGGUCUGCAGAUUCUGGGAAUUGUCCUUACGUUGCUGGGCUGGGUAAAGGCUCUGGUUUCCUGCGCCCUGCCCCUGUGGAAGGUGACCGCUUUCAUCGGCAACAGCAUCGUGGUGGCCCAGGUGGUGUGGGAGGGGCUGUGGAUGUCCUGCGUGGUGCAGAGCACCGGCCAGAUGCAGUGCAAGGUGUACGACUCGCUGCUGGCGCUGCCCCAGGACCUGCAGGCUGCGCGCGCCCUCUGUGUCGUCACCCUCCUCUUGGCCCUGCUUGGCCUGCUGGUCUACCUUGCUGGGGCCAAGUGCACCACCUGUGUGGAGGACCAGGAUUCCAAGGCCCGCCUGGUGCUCACUUCUGGGAUCAUCUUUGUCAUCUCAGGGGUUCUAACCCUGAUCCCAGUCUGCUGGACGGCCCACACCAUCAUCCAGGACUUCUACAACCCCCUGGUGGCUGAGGCCCAAAAGAGAGAGCUGGGGGCCUCCCUCUACCUGGGCUGGGCGGCCUCCGGCCUUCUGAUGCUGGGUGGGGGGCUGCUGUGCUGCACCUGCCCCUCCGGAGAGGCCCGGAACUCCAGCCAUUACAUGGCCCGCUAUUCAGCAUCUGUCCCACAUUCCCCCUCCCGGGGACCCUCCGAGUACCCCACCAAGAAUUAUGUUUGAUUCUAGUGAGGGAGCGAGGGCGCCAUGGACCAGGGAGCCUUGGCCCCUGAGCCAGAGCCAUCAAGAUGCGCUGAUGCCCAACAGCUCUGGGUUUGGUUCUUGUAUUUUGCUGUUUUUAUGGGGGAGGGGGAGGUAUCUCUUUAAUCCAUUUGAUAACUGAACCAAGAUGACCCAGACUCCCACCUGGGUUCUGCUGUUGCCGUAUUUCACCUUUGGAUGCUGUUUUGUUUCUGGAUUCGUCUUCAUUUCGAGCAUCCCCAUCUUGGAAGCCAAGCUGGAGCUGCGGAAGCAAAGUGAAAGCUGCUUUCUGCUCUGGCCUUUGUGACCACAAGAUGGCCUACCCCAAGAGUUCCUGCUGUUUCUGGGGGCUGGGCUUCCCUAGACUUUCAGGGACAGCCACACCUCUUCCUGGUCAGGCCUUCUCAUCCCAGGAAGGGCUCCUGAUAAAGUACCAAAGGACUGCCCACCACCUUGUCUUCUGACCUCUACCUCCUCCAUUAUUACCACAUCCUCUCCCCAAGUCAGGUCCCAACUGUACUGUAGACCCCCCAACCCCCACCUCUAGUCCUGCACAUGUCUGCCCACACAAGAUUUUACAAAAUAAAGUAUGUUUUAUUACUGUG